GUACAAUUUUGACACAUUUGUUAUCGACGCUGAAUCGCCAAACCAAUGGAAAUCGCAAUGUUUGAAUCCUAAUCUAGAAGUAGUUUCUGAUAGUGUUAUUGUUUCAUAUAGGCAGCGAUCUCCUUCAUCCUUUGUUUUAAUAUGGUCAAAAUAAUGAAAGCUUCAAACGAAGGUGAGAAAUUGAUAUGUUUCCCGGGCCAACGACUGUGUGCAGUAACAGAGUAUACUGUUGGUGGAGAAGGAACAUAUGAGAAACUCGGUUACUUACACGCGAGUUUGUCCGGCGUUGUUAGAAUUCGCAAGCGGCACAAGAAUAAUUACAUCUCAGUGGCAUCUUUUGGCAGUAAAACCGUUGUUCCGGUUGUUGGGGAUGUUGUAACGGCAAAAAUUACGGUUAUCAAUCAACGUGUUGCCAAAUGUGUAAUAAUCUGUAUAGGAAAGACCUGCCUCAAUAGGACAUACAGAGGAAUUUUAAGAAAGGAAGACGUACGGGCGACCGAAAAGGAUCGAGUUGAAAUGUACAAAUGUUUUCGGCCUGGCGAUGUAAUCCUGGCGAGAGUGCUCCCUCUGGUCGAACUCAACACUUACCAUUUGACGACAGCUGAAAAUGAGCUCGGCGUGGCAGUGGCGAUGUCUACUAGAAGUUCCGAACCAACGCCGAUGGUUCCGGUGGGAUGGACAGAAAUGCAGUGUCCUGUAACAUUAGUGAAAGAACCUCGAAAGGUGGCAAAAAUUGUACCAGAAACUGCUCCUCCUGGAUAUGACGGGAAACUGUAGAGCAUGUUUGAAGAAUGAAAUUAUUUACUGGUUAGAAAGUAAACGAAAAAUAAUAUGUAUGUAUUAAAAAUA